AUGCUUUUCAAACACCGCGUCACCAGACUGCCCGAGCACCCUAUUUGCGUUGCAGGCCAGUCCCUGCUUUCCGCCGCUGCUGCACAUGGACGUGUCAACACGGUGGCGAGGUUGUUGAAAGUGGAGGAGGUGGACAUUAAUGGACGGGGAUUGGCAGAUCCACCCAUUUGUCGAGCGGCCGCACGAGGCCACCUUGAUGUGGUCGGACUCUUAGUGCAACAAGGCGCACGUCUGAAGAUCAAUGAAGGAACUAUCGCUAGUUACGACACCGCACUUUGCAUUGCCGUCCGUGAUGGGGAUUUGGAGAUGGUCCGGGUUCUGCUUCUUCAUGACCAGAUUGAUGUCAACCUCACGAAUCGGUGGCUCGAGGACCCUUUGAUAUUGGCAGCCAAGAGUGGGCAUCUUUCAAUUGUUAAUGAAUUGUUAUGUGAUCGCAGACAGAAAGGUGGCAGUCUGAGGAGAUCUCUGGAUGCCGCAAGGGACGACUGCAUCCGGAGGGCCAUUCGGAGCAGGAUAGAAGACCGCAACUCCCGCCAAACGUUUUUGGCGCCGUCGCCAAGAAGAAGCACGGGUGGUGGUCUGUAA